CAAAACAAGAAAGAAACCUGCACCGCCCAAGCCUUCCCCAGCGACCUGCCCUCCCAGACACAAACAAACUACAUGGAACACUCACUAGAUACGCCCAGACAAGAAGAAUACCAAUUUGGUAGAACAAACCGAACAAAGGUUAAAUACCGACACGCGACUGACCCCCUCAUAGGACCCCUCGAUAAUCAAUCGAAAGAAGGAGCACUACCACUACAUUACAAUAGGAUAUGGCACCCUCCAAAACUCGUUGAGAGCCAAUGCAAAUCUACACUACACCUGGGACGAAGCGAUAUACAAACAAGAAUGACACCCGCAAGCUUUGCUAGUGCCUCACUUAACAAUACUCGCUGCUAUGGCCAAAGCCUAUGCCUGCGGUCCCUACACUCGGCGUCCGCCCAGCGGAUCGCCAGCGCAAGCCAACACUGCGAACCAUUUAGCACCUACAAGACCUCAAACACCUCACAGCGCCUAUCCGCGCUUCCAAUGCAAUCAGUAGGGACGCAUGGCAUCACGCAAGCGAGCUGCGCCGCGAAGCCCGACACGCCGGGCAAGCAGCACCCCCUGCGUGUCGCCUUCGACGUGCUGCAGCUCGAGACAUGGUACAGGCUGGCCAGUGCGCGCGCGCCCUGCAUCACCACAAAGGCUGGGCCCGCCGUGACCGCGGCAAUGGACACUGAUGACGAGGAGAGAGCCGCCUAAAUCUACCUAGCGACACCUGCGACGCCAUACGCACGGGACCUGGACCCCUCCGGCUGGACUCACCCAAAGGAGGACUGCUCCCUCGCAUGGAUGGCGCUGGGAAGCUGGGCCAGCAAAACACCGGUACGACGCCAAGGGCCUGGGAAGCUAUGAACAGCAUAUUGCGGGAAAACGCCACUACGCCCUGCUGUGAGCUAGAUAACAACCAAAGGACGAAAGGGUGUGCUCAUAGUAAGGAAGGAGAUGAUAGAGCCGAUGGAUGGACAGCUUUAUGGGUCUACAACGCCGUGACAUUUGAAAGGCGGAGAGAUGUGACGCAACCGGAACUUAGCGUGUUGAGAAGUAGUAAGACGAACAAGACAGUCAACCUGCGGCCUGCGACAUACAAUGGCUACCCUGCGAUUGAAAAUCGAGUUGGUCAGAUAGUCGUGAACCACGCUGGAAACUGCAAGACGAUGUUGCGCCCGAGUUCAGAGGCGACUCUAGAUGUAGAUGUUCGGAUAAGUGACACACAUGAGGAGAGAGACACCUGGACGCAAACCACACAAGAGCCAAAAAAGCGUCAAAACCACACGCCCAAUUGUAAUACGGUGCGUAU